AGUAUUUUACUAUUGCUUUACGAACAGUGACGUGUUCUAACAACCACACAUUCAUGUCAUAGUCGAGACGCGAGUUCCAUAUUUAAAAAUUAGUUUUGUUUUUUUAUUUAGAAUCUGUGCUUUAAGCGGGAAUAUAUUUCUUUUUUUUUAAUUUGAUUUAGCUUAUAUGGAGAUAGCAUUAAAAGGAUUUUGUUUUAAAAAUUGGAUUGUCCAUAAUUAAAUGGGCAACAUGAAAUUUAAAAUCAACGGUACGCAGUACGAAGUGGAUGGCAACAAAGCUGGUCCCGAUGUAUCCCUGAACGAGUUCAUACGAUCAGUGGCAGGGCUGCGCGGCACUAAGGCGAUGUGUCACGAGGGAGGGUGUGGCGCCUGCAUCGUCGCCGUACGCGCAGCCCUACCUCCCACCAACGAAGUCAAGACUUUUGCUGUUAAUUCUUGUCUCGUGUCAGUAUUAUCGUGCCAUGGUUGGGAGAUAACAACUGUCGAAGGUAUUGGGAACAGGAUCAAAGGAUACCAUGACAUACAGAGUCGACUGGCCAACUUCAAUGGCACCCAGUGUGGAUACUGCUCUCCUGGAUGGGUCAUGAAUAUGUACAGUUUAUACGAAUCGAAGAACAAAGCCUUAACUGCAGUAGAAAUUGAGAACUCCUUCGCUGGCAACAUGUGCAGAUGUACUGGAUACAGACCCAUAGCGGAUGCCUUCAAAUCAUUCGCCACAGACGCCGACCUGACUCUUCUGAACAAACUCUGCGACCUUGAAGAACUAGACAUUAUCAAACGAUGUGGACUUGAAUGUGCCAAGAAAUGUAGUCACAGAGACAAAUGCUUUAAACACAGUGGAAGAGGUAAUAAUAGUAAUGAUGAUGCUGAAGAAUCAGAUGAUCAAGAAAAAGAAUUCGUUCAUUUAGACGAUGAUAAAAUGAUGGUUGUUGAAACUGUUAAACAUACAUGGUACAAGGCUUUCCAUUUGGCUGAUGUUUUUGAUAUUGUGAAGCGUGGACAUUAUACUUUCGUUGCUGGGAACACUGGUCAAGGAGUUUACCACGUAACAGAGUAUCCACGAAAUCUCAUAGAUAUAUUUAGUGUAGCUGAACUCAAAGGACACGUGAUUGAUGUAAACCUUAUAAUCGGAGCUGGUAUGACACUCGCAGAUAUGAUGGAACUUUUCCUAGAUCUAUCAAAAACUAGAGAAGAAUUUUCUUAUCUGAAACAGUUUUAUGAUCACAUGGAUUUAGUUGCUCAUGUACCUGUUAGGAAUAUUGGAACGAUAGGUGGUAAUCUAGCGAUGAAGCAUGCUAAUAAUGAUUUCCAAUCAGACUUGUUCCUUCUUUUUGAAACUGUUGGAGCUAUGAUCACUAUUGCGGAAAGUUUGACAAAAGAAGUGAGUAUGAAAUUGCCAGACUUCUUGAAAACAUCUUUGGAUUCCAAAAUUAUAAAGAACAUUAUGCUACCACCCCUGUCACAGUGCUGUGCGGUGAAAACGUACAAGAUCAUGCCUCGAGCCCAAAAUGCGCAUGCCGUUGUCAACGCAGGAUUCAUGUUUAAAUUCAAACAAAACUCAAAUAUAAUUGAAAAGGCAUCCAUUGUUUAUGGAAGCAUUUCACCAACAUUCAUACAUGCUACAAAAACUGAAGAAGUAUUGGUUGAUAAAGAUCCUUAUACUGAUGAAACUCUGCAAUUAGCACUGAAAACUCUGCAUGAUGAAAUAGAUCCUGAGGAAGCACCUCCUGAACCUUCAGCAGCAUACAGGAAGAUGUUGGCUGUAUCAUUGUAUUAUAAGGCAAUUCUCAGCCUUUGUCCCAGCGACAAAAUGAAUGCCAAUUACAAAUCAGGAGGCGAAGCCAUAAAACGGGGCACAUCAAAAGGAACACAAUACUAUGAAACCGAUAAAAGUGUUUGGCCUCUGAACCAACCUAUACCAAAAAUAGAAGCACUGGUUCAAUGCAGCGGUGAGGCAGUAUUUGCUAACGAUUUGCCAACUGAAUCCGAUGAAGUGUAUGCCGCUUUUGUUACUGCUGAUGCCCUCCCUGGCAGUAUUAUCAAAGAUUUCGAUACAACAGAAGCUUUCAAAUUGGAAGGCGUUAUUGCCUUCUACACAGCAAAAGACAUCCCAGGAGAAAACACAUUUACUCCAGCCAAUAUACCCUUCAUAGAAGUUCAGGAAGAAAUUUUAUGUUCUAAAGAAGUUAAAUUUCAUGGGCAACCGGCAGCAAUCAUUGUAGCUAACAGAGAAAAGACAGCAAACAAAGCAGCUAAACUCGUUAAAAUCGAGUACUCAACUGUAAGCAAGAACAAACCUCUUCUAACUAUAGAUGAAGUAAUCAAAUCUCCAGAAAGAAGUAAAAGAGUCAGAUCAGAUCAGAACAUAGAACCUUCUGAUGUUGGUAAAGAUGUUAAAACUGUUAUCAAUGGAGAAUUAGAUAUGGGUGAACAGUAUCAUUAUUAUAUGGAAACACAGACCUGUGUGACCAGGCCUACUGAGGGAGGGAUGGAAGUGUUUGCAGCUACGCAGUGGCUAGAUUUGACUAACGUUGCUGUAGCUCAAGCUCUAAAAGUUCCUGUCAAUAGUAUAAACGUAAUAGUUCGGCGAGUAGGAGGUGGUUAUGGCGGCAAAAUAUCUCGGUCCACUCAGAUAUCAUGCUCAGCGGCCCUUGUCACUCAUUUAACGAACAAAACCUGCAGAAUGGUUCUGCCAUUACAAACAAACAUGGGAUCUGUCGGCAAACGAAUUGGCACUAAAUGUAAUUUUGAGCUUGGUGUCAACGCCGAAGGAGAGAUUCAGUAUCUGAAGAACACUUUCUACCAAGAUGGAGGAUGUUCUUACAACGAGGUCCUAACAGCUAUCACGACUCAUCAUUUCUACAACUGCUACAAUCCUAUGAGAUGGGGCAUUUCUCCCUUCAGCGUGUUGACAGAUAAACCUUCCAAUACUUGGUGUAGAGCUCCGUUUUCAGCAGAAGGCGUCGCUAUGAUAGAAUACAUGAUGGAGAGAAUAGCAUUCAGUUUAAAACUAGAUCCAAUAGAAGUGAGACUUCUAAACAUGAAGCAAGAGAACAACCCAAUCCCAGAAAUGAUAAACCAAUUGAAAAUAGACUCUGAAUUCGACGACAGAAAGAAGAAAGUCGAAGAAUUUAAUAAGAAUAAUCGGUGGAGGAAACGGGGUAUUAAAAUGGUACCGUUGACAGUUGGUAUAAUUUACACAGGACUGUUCAAUGCUAUAGUAUCAGUUUAUCAUGCUGAUGGGUCGGUGGUGAUAAUGCAUGGAGGGAUUGAGAUGGGCCAGGGUCUGAAUACUAAGGCAGCUCAAGUUUGUGCUUACGCUCUUGGUAUACCGUUGGAGAAAAUAAGCGUUAAAGCUAGCAAUAAUUUCACGUCUCCAAAUGCUAUGGUUACUGGAGGCAGUGUCGGUAGUGAAUGCGUUGUCUUCGCUACUAAGAAAGCGUGUGAUGUUAUUAAUGAAAGACUUAAACCUAUAAGAGAAAAACUGGAUGAUCCUAGUUGGGAAGUACUAGUAGAAGCUGCAUUCAAGGCUGGAGUAGAUCUUCAAGCUAAUGGUACAUUCAAUCUUAGUGAGGGUGAUGCGAAACCUUAUGAUGUUUACGCUGUUGGUGUUUUGGAAGUUGAAGUGGAUAUCUUGACUGGUAACCAUGAUAUAAUACGGGUUGAUAUUCUGGAGGAUACUGGAAGGAGUUUGAGUCCUGAAAUUGAUGUUGCUCAGAUUGAAGGAGCGUUCGUCAUGGCCCUAGGAUACUGGACAUCGGAGAAGGUGGUCUACGACGAGACCACUGGCAAGUUGCUCACAGACAGAACCUGGACCUACAAGAUCCCUGGCAUAAAGGACAUACCAGCUGAUAUGAGGAUUUAUUUCCGUCGUAACGCCAACAAUGAGUUCGGUGUGCUGCAGUCUAAAGCAACCGGAGAGCCAGCGUUCUGUCUAGGCGUGGUGUUCCUCCUUGCUAUUCAGGAGGCACUUCAAUCAGCUCAUCAAGAUGCCGGCCAUGACCCCAGGUGGAUAGAUAUAGGCACUCCAUAUAACGUGGAAAAUAUUUUCAUGGCGGUCAACCACAAGAUUGAAGAUUUCAAACUAACUUAAAAUAUCAUAACUAAAAACAGUUCAUAAAUAAAUGUAGUGUU